CCCCGACUCCCCUGGGCUCACCUGGUCCACGCACACUCUACACCUGUACACCCGGCUGCAGGCUAACAGCACAGAGGCUUGGUUGUGAAGAGCGGUGCCGGCUACUCUGAUCACCGAGAGAGACGAAGAUGUCCAACACGGCGCACAUCUCCAAGGAGGAGCUGCUGGAGAUCAGGGAGGCCUUCGACAAGAUCGAUGUGAACAACAGCGGCUACGUGCAGGACUUCGAGCUGCAGGACCUGUUCCGCGAAGCCAACCUGCCCAUGCCGGGCUUCCGCGUGCGCGAGAUCGUGCAGAAGCUCAUGGUCGUGAGCGACACGGAUCAGGAUGGGCGCAUCAGCUUCGACGAGUUCAUCUCGGUUUACCAUGAGCUGAAGAGCACGGAGAUCGGCAAGACGUUCAGGAAGACAAUCAGCAAGAAGGAUGGCAUCCUGGCCAUUGGUGGCACCUCCAACAUCUCCAGCGAAGGGACCCAGCACUCGUAUUCGGUGGAAGAGCGCGUGGCGUUCGCCGGCUGGGUCAACAAGGCGCUGGAGCCUGACCCCGACUGCAAGCACGUGCUGCCCGUCAACCCCGACAACGAGUCGCUCUUCAGGUCCUUGGGGGACGGCAUCAUCCUCUGCAAAAUGAUCAACAUUUCCAGUCCAGACACCAUCGACGAGCGAGCCAUCAACAAGAAGAAGCUCACCGCUUUCACCAUCCAGGAGAACCUGAACCUGGCCCUCAACUCGGCGUCGGCCAUCGGCUGCCAGGUGGUGAACAUCGGCGCCGGGGACAUCCGCGAGGGCAAGCCGCACCUGGCGCUCGGCCUGCUGUGGCAGAUCAUCAAGAUCGGCCUCUUCGCCGACAUCGAGCUCACGCGCAACGAGGCCCUGGUGGCCCUGCUGAUGGACGGCGAGAGUCUGGAGGAGCUGAUGAAGCUCUCGCCAGAGGAGCUGCUCCUCCGCUGGGUCAACUACCACCUGGAUAAAGCCGGCUGGCAGAAGAUCAACAACUUCACCACCGACAUCCAGGACUCGAAGGCGUACUUCCACCUCAUCAACCAGAUCGCGCCCAAGGGCGACGUGGAGGGAGAGGAGAAGAUCGACAUCGACAUGGCCGGCUUCAAUGAGCAAGACGAGACAAAGCGCGCCGAGCAGAUGCUGCAGCAGGCCGACCGGCUGGACUGCCGGCAGUUCGUGACGCCCACCGACGUGGUGCGGGGCAACUACAAGCUCAACCUGGCCUUCGUGGCGAACCUCUUUAGCAAGCACCCGGCGCUCAGCCGGCCCGAAAGCGGCAUCGACUGGAGCCAGCUGGAAGGCGAGACGAGGGAGGAGCGGCAGUUCCGCAACUGGAUGAACUCCCUCGGGGUCAUUCCCUUCGUCAAUCACCUGUACAGUGACCUCACGGACGCGCAGGUCAUCUUCCAGCUGUACGAGAGGAUCCAAACGAAGGUGAACUGGGACAAGGUGAACAAGGCGCCGUACGCCAAGCUGAGUGCCCACAUGAAGAAGCUUGAGAACUGCAACUACGCGGUGACGUUGGGCAAGAAUUCGGGAUUCUCCCUGGUUGGCAUCGCGGGGCAGGACCUGUACGAAGGCAACCCCACGCUCACCCUGGCGCUCGUGUGGCAGAUCAUGAGACGGUACACGCUGAUUGUUCUGGAGGACCUGGGUGAUGGGCAGAAGGUGAACGACGAGAUCAUCAUCGGCUGGGUGAACGAGAGCCUGGAGGAGGCCAGGAAGAAGUCUUUCAUCUCCAGCUUCAGGGACACCAGCAUAAGCAGCAGCCAUGCGGUGCUGGACCUCAUCGAUGCCAUCCAGCCCGGCUCCAUCAAUUACGACAUCAUCAAGACCGGCUUUCUCGACCUCAAGGAGAAGCAGGACAAUGCCAAGUACGCCAUCUCGAUGGCGCGGAAGAUCGGCGCGCGAGUCUACGCGCUGCCCGACGACCUCGUCGAGGUGAAGCCGCGCAUGGUCAUGACCGUGUUCGCGUGUCUCAUGGGCCGCGGCAUGAAGCGCGUCAAGUGAAGUGGGGUGGGGGGGGUGGAUGGUGGAGGGGAGGGGGGGGAGUUGUGGGGGGUCCCGGCGGCUGUGACCGCCGCAGCCGCCCCUGCAGCCUAGCCAAACGUAAAAAGAUUAAGUCAGAAACGAAUGUCCUGAAUGUCCACGUGUUUUUUUGUUCUUUAAAUGGCCUUCCCCGGGUGGCAGAGGGGGGAGGGAGGGGGGGUUCUAAUGCUAACGGGACCCCAACCGACACUGAACCAGCACCGUUGAGAUCCAUCCAAUCGCUCGAACGCCGACGACGACGACCACGAUGCCUCCGAGCGAAGCGCCCCCGUCAAGCUGUGAACCUGUACUCUUAGGUUUUUUUCGGGUAAAGUCACGUAGGUAAAAAAUAAAAAUUUUAAAAAUUUUACCUACGUGACUUUACCGAAAAAACCUAAGAGUAUGAAUCCUUGCAGUCACGAAAGCUUCAAACCUGUACCGAGUCCGGGGGUCCCUUCCAAAGGCUUUUCUCUAGCGACGGAGAGCAAAGAAGAACGUCCCUCACCGUGGCUCCCGUCACAGCGCCGGGGGAUGUCGCGGCGAAUUUCCCGCGCUCUCCCGGCUUUCGCUUUCCCCGGUGCGACGUGCGGAUCUCUUGCCCUGCGGCGGAUUCUGUGAUUAUAACACUGGUCAACACACUUUGUCUGGCAUAAGAUGACGAGGAUGCGUUACGUUCAACGCCGACGAAUUCGAAACCAAAGUUGCCUACGUCUCGUCAAAUACGACAUUGACAUCGUGUGCUGUAAACGUUAAAUAUCACUGGUCAACACACUUUUUCUGGCAUAAGGUAUUCCAACGGUUUUAAGGUAAUUUGGGGUGCUGAUUCCAAAUCUGGAAAAUCAGUUUUUGUCUAUCACAUCGGGUUUUUGAGAUAUCAAAUAUUGCAUUUUCAAUAAAAACUGCAGAAGAAAAAUAUUAAAUAAAUGUGGAUAUCUACAUAAAAUUAUAUUAUAAACACACUAUCCUAAAAAUACAGCACCAUAUUUUAACACUAAAGCAGUCACUGACUCGCGACAACUUGCAAUCAUAAGUGACAGAGUUAAUUUCGGAUAAAAUCAAUGAAAAUGGGGUAUGCCGAUAGCAUAAAAAUGAGAUGUGAUAGAGCAAAUCUGAGAUCAGAUUAGGAAUCAGCACCCUGAAAUUAGUCUAGAACAGCUGCAAAAGUCCAGGCCAGAAAAAAGUCUUUUUUUUGUUGGCCAGUGUUAUUAAUGAAGUAACACACAAACACAGUUGUUGUUGUUGUUAUGAGUUGCUCCGCGCGUCGCUCUUUGCUUGAAAUCGGUUGCAGAAACAACCACAAAAAAAUGCCCUAAACGUUUUCAGAUCAGGCAAUCGUAAGCCCACAAAUGUUGUCGUGGGUUUAUUCGCCAACACACAACCGGUGUGCUGAACUAGUAUACGACACUAUACACUACACUACUAUACACCACACUAUACACUACACUAUGCACUACACUAUAAUUGUAAAUGUUGUAGUGGGUUUACUCUCAAAAACACAACCGGUGUGCUGAACUAGUAUACUAUAUUAUACAUGCCACUAUACACUACACUAUACACUACAAUACUAUACACCAAACUAUACACUAUUAUACACUACACUAUAAUUUUAAAUGUUGUAGUGGGUUUACGUUCCAACACGCAACCGGUGUGCUGAACUAGUAUACUACAUUAUACAUGACACUAUACACUACUAUACACUACACUACACUAUACACUACACUACUAUACACUACACUAUACACUACACUAUAAUUGUAAAUGUUGUCCUGGGUUUACUCUCCAACACGCAACUGUUGUGAGCUGUACUCGUCACGAAUUCGCUACAUUUUGCGUCUACCGUGACAAACCACACUGAUUGUCCAAUUCGGGUGGUGGCAGGUUAAACGACACAUUUAUAUUCUAACACCAAAAACCUCUAUCAUGAACCCCCCCCCCCCCUCCUCUCCAUUAGCAUAUUUACACGUACCACUCAUGAAAUAUAUAUUUAAGCGCGUGCAAUUAUUUAAUUACGACAAAAUUAACACGCGGGAGGCUUUCGCGACAAAUAUCAUCCAUAAUUCAGGUUUUUUUUGGGUAAGAACGCGUAAACAUCUCAUUUUAGAUUGCGUAAAUACGCGUGGUGGCGGGUUUUAACGACACGUUCAUAUAUUUACGCGAUCCAACCCAAAAAAAAACCAGCCGCAUUACCCAUUACAAAAUUCGCUUUCCCCGUGUGGGAAAGAUGUCGCCCUCCGUCGCAGCCUCGAAGUCGCGUGCGAGCCGCUAAUUUCAUUUGCAAUCGGGUGAAAGUCUCUUUUCUUCUUCGUUGUUGCUUUUGGAUAAAACCUCGCCGGUCCCCGCACGCGCGUCUCGACGGGGCCGAUCGUGUCACAUUCCACGAAAACGGCUGUCUGUCCCUGUGCUUUUUUUUUCUUACGUGAAUCACGAUAAAAGGGGGAAAUGCUUUCAAAAAUAAAAUAAUAUUUUAGGCUUGACAUCUGUGUGAUUCUCAUUCCGCCAGCAGUGAUUAAAAACUCAUUUCUUUAGAAUCGCUUUUUGUGUUUAGUUUGUUGUCCUUCGCCCCUCCUCCCCCUUCCCGGCACCUCCAAUUAGCACGGUUGGCUACGUACGGUGCGAAAGAAGUUCAACAUACAGACCACACAACACACAUACAUAGUUGCAGGGUUGCGCCUUUAUCUUUUUUUAGAAUAACUUUUUUAAUUAGAAUAACUUUUCAGCGUAGGAGGUGGCCCAGCGGCUCCGAAGGAACAUACAACAUGCAUAGUGACGUGAGCCAGCAAUUGCAGGGGUGCGCCUUUAUCUUUUUUUAGAAUAACUUUUUUGUUCAGAAUCAUUUUCAGCGUAGGUGGUCAAGCGGCUCCGAAGGAAUCGCAGAGUGGCCGAGCCGGCAGCCGCGCUGAGGCCUUCAGUUUUUUGAUCCAGCCACGGCCUACAGUGAGGGGAAAAAAUUAACCCGUAAAAACAAAGUUUUUCACUAUAAAUCCUUUAUAUGCGUGGCGGCUAGAGUCCUCUCGUCCUCUGGCUUGAGAUGGCUUCCACCUAUGGGUCAGAUGAUUGCCUGCCACCAUUAAGCAAUUGGUAAUUAAAUAUUUUUAAAAAAAAUCCUAAAAAGUGUAAAGUUAUGGAAAAAAAAUUUCACGAAAAUAAAUUGUCACGCACAACGAGUCUGUGUGCAAAAUGUCAGCUCGAUUGGAUCACGGGAAGUGGGUUAAAAAACGACCGAAAUAUUUGCACGGUCGUAAGCGCGCAAGCAAGCAAGUGAACUUAAUAUAAAAUAUUUAAAAAGUAUUUGAUCCCCUGCUGAUUUUGUACGUUUGCCCACUGACAAAGAAAUGAUCAGUCUAUAAUUUUAAUGGUAGGUUUAUUUGAACAGUGAGAGACAGAAUAACAACAAAAAAAUCCAGAAAAACGCAUGUCAAAAUGUUCUAAAUUGAUUUGCAUUUUAAUGAGGGAAAUAAGUAUUUAACAAAACAAAAAAACUUUUCAAAAUGUGAAGUAUUGAUGACGGUCUGUGCCCAGUGUGGUGUUGGGCUACUGGUGAUUUUGAACGCACAGCAGCCUCUCGAUUAUCUGCGCUAAUGACGGUGAUAAUUCAAAUUCUAGAAUGAUCCAAAAAUGUCACCAUUUUCCGCGGAUCUCUAUGCUAAAAACCACUGAUAUAGGUAUACAUUAUGUUUCUGUUAAAAAAAUACAGUUUGUUAAUCAACAAAGAAAACAUUUGAUCGAUGAUGUGCGUGCUCAGUGAUGAUAAGACUUCCCCGGCUCCCGCCCAGCAGAAGACUCGGCCCAGUAAGUGGACAGCAGCAGAGCCUCGUCAAUCAACGCCAAACAAACUCCGCCCAUUGUUGUAAAGCUCUGGCAACUACUGUACUGUAGGGGCGAUCACGUGGAUUUCGGAUUAAUCGAAGCAACAUAUUUCUUCGGUUUAAGCAUGUGACUUGUAAUAAACAAUUACAAGAAUAACAA